AUGAAUCACCAGGAGCAGACACAAUGGAUCCAUCCCAUUAUCACAGGAGACACAGACAUACACAGGAAGGGAAGACAGAGGUCUAUUCCUGCAGACAGAGCCCAGGUAGCUGUGGAAGAUUGAAUAUGGUCUGCAUGAUACAAUAGAUAUGAUGAAUAUGUCAAACUCAUCAGAUCGUAUCAGUAAAAGGUGACAAUGCUCCUCUGAUACUAGAAUACCCACUAGAUGCCUCCUCUCUAUGUUUUCUUGACAAUAUGAGAUGGAUGACCAGUAGGAGCCAGACAGACACACAGACAGACAGACAGACAGACAGACAGACAGACAGACAGACAGACAGACAGACAGACAGACAGACAGACAGACAGACAGACAGACAGACAGACAGACAGACAGACAGAGGCUCCUCUGUUCUGGGGUUGUAGGGGGGGAUGUUCUGGGGUUGCAGGGGGGAUGUUCUGGGGUUGCAGGGGGGAUGUUCUGGGGUUGCAGGGGGGAUGUUCUGGGGUUGCAGGGGGGAUGUUCUGGGGUUCCAGGGGAAGGUUCUGGGGUUCUGGGCUGAGUGGUGGCAUUUAACCUCUGACCUCUGUGUGGUAAUAGGUCCCAGGUGAUGGGGCGGAUCACAUGGUCGUCCAGAAGUCCGCCCGGUCAUCGGGUCAUCAGAGCAGCCACCACCGGAACCAGGAGCGGGACCAAUCACGGGAGAGAGACAGAGACCAAUCACGGGAGAGAAACUGGCCAUCAGAAAAAAUAUCUGAUGCACACUGUCAGGUAAAGCCAAAGAUGGUGGAUAAAUGAAGAUAGUUCACUCAAGCCGUCAGUUUCGGUCUACUUAGCGGCGUGGCUCUCAUAGACACCAAUGCGAUAGCAGCUGGGUCUGGUCUGCUUAGUUCAUUACAUUUUUACAUUUUAUAAUUUUUUUACAUUUUAGUCAUUUAGCAGAUGCUCUUAUCCAGAGCGACUUACAGUUAGUGAGUGCAUUUUAUUUUUAUUUUUUUAUACUGUAUUGACUGUAUAUGAACCAGAAACAAACAGCGAGUGGGAUGUCUCACUUCCUCUUCCGUCUGUGGUAAACCCUGACCCCUAAACCCGCACCCCGCCCUAACCCAUAUCCUGAGCAAUGUCAACUGCCUCAUUGAUCUUUUUCUAGAUAGUUCAUGUUGAAAUGAAGUCUGAAUGCUAUGAGUCUGGCAUGGAGAAUACUGGAGGAUUUACAGCCUUACAGGGCAGGGUGGGUGAGUGUGUAGUGGGGUUUGGCUGGUAGGGUUAGGUGUUUGUUGUUGUUUUUCUGGUAGGGGGGGUGUUUUCGGGUUGGUUUUGGUUGUUUUGUUGUUUUUUUUAUGGUUGGGUUUUUGGUGUUUUUGGGUUUUUUUUUGGUUAUGUUGUGGGGGGUUUUUUUCUGUUAGGGUUGGGGGGGGGGUUGGUUUUUCUGGUUAGGUGGGUGGGGGGUUGGUUUCUGGUUAGGGUGAUGGUGUUGUGGGUGGUGGUUUCUGGUUAGGUGGUGUUAGGUGGGUGUUGGUUUUCUGGUUAGGGGUGGGUGGGUGGGUGUUGGUUUUCUGGUUAGGGUUAGGUGUGUCGGUGGGUGUUUUUUUUUAGGUUAGGGUGUGGGUGGGGUUUUGGUUUCUGGAGGGGUUGUAGUGGGGUGUUGGUUUUCUGGUUAGUUUUUGGGGGGUUUGGUUUUCUGGUAGGUGCGGUGGUGGGGGUUUUUUUUCUGUGUUAGGGUGGUUUUGGGUUUUUUCGGUGUUUGGGUUUUUUUUUCUGUUUUUUUUUAGGUUGUGGGUGGGUGUUGGUUUUCUGGUUAGGGGUGGGUGGGGGUUUCGUUAAGGGGUGGGUUGUUGGUUUUUUGGUGUGUUGGGGGUGGUGGUUUUUGGUAGGGGUUAGGUGUGAGUGGGUUGUUGGUUUUCUGGGUUAGGUUUUGUGGGUGGGUGUUGGUUUUCGGGUUAGGGUUAGGUUGGGGUGGGUGGGUGUUGGUUUUCUGUUAGGGUUAGGUGUGUGGGUUUGGGUGUGGUUUCUUUGGGUUGGGGUUGUGUAGGGGGGGUUUUGGGUUUUCUGGUUGGGGUUUAGGUGUGUAGGUGGGUGUUGGUUUUUCUGGUUAGGGUUAGGGGGGUGGGUGGGGUUUUUUUUCCCUGGUUAGGGUUAGGUUGUGUGGGUGGGUGUUGGUUUUUGGGUUAGGUUGAGGUGGGUGGUUGGUUUUCUGGUUGGGGUUGUGUGUGGUGGGUGUUGGUUUUUUCUGGUUAUUUGGGUUUUUUUUUUGGGGUUAGUGUUUUUGUUUUUUUUUUGGGUUAGGUGUGUGGGGGGUUGUUUUUGUUAAAUUGAGGGGGGUUGGUUUUCUGGUGUUGUGUGUGGUGGGUGUGGUUUUGUUAGGGUUAGGUGUUGGUUGUUUGGUUUUGGUUGGUGGUGGUGGGUGGUUGGUUUGGGUUUAGGGUUAGGUGUGUGGUGGGUGUUGUUUUCUGGUUAGGGGUGGGUGGGGGGUGGUUUUCGGUUAGGGUUUAUGUGUAGGUUUGGGUGUUGGUUUUCGGGUUAGGGGUGGUGGUGUGUUUUUGAGUUUGGGUUUUGUUGGUUUUUUGGUUGGUUGUGGUUUGUUUGGUUUUUUUGGUUAGGUUAGGGUGGUGGUUUUUGUUUUUGGUGGUUUUUGUGGUUUGGGUGUUCUGUUUAGUUUUAGGGUGGGUUUUUUUGGUGUUUUGGUUUUGUUUUCGUUUUUAGGGUUUUGGGUUUUUGUUUUUUUUGGUUUCCUUUUUGUUGUUUGGGUGUGUUUUGGUUUUCGGGUUAUGUUUUAGGUUUUGGGUGGUGUUGGUUUCUCGUUAGGGUUUUGGUUUAGGUUUUUUAUUUUGUUUUUUUCUGGUUUUUUUGGUAUUUUUUGUUUUUCUGGUUAGGGUUGGUUUGUGUUGGUUUCUGUUGGGGGUAGGUGGGUGUGGUUUUCUGGUUGGGGGUUUGUGUGGGUGGGUGUUGGUUUUCGGGUUAGGGGUUAGGUGUGUAGGUUGGGUUUUGGGUUUUUUCUGGUUAGGGUGUUGUAGGGGGUUUUGGGUUUUUUCUGGUUAGGGUUUAGGUGUGUAGGUGGGUGUUGGUUUUCUGGUUAGGGUUGGGGGUGGGGGUGUUGGUUUUCGGGGUUAGGGUUAGGUGGGGUGGUGGGUGUUGGUUUCUGGUUAGGGUUUUAGGUGUGUGGUUUGGUUGUUUUCUGGUUAGGGUUAGGUGUGUAGGGUGGUUGUUGGUUUUCUGGUUAGGGGGUAGGGGGGGUGUUGGUUUUCUGUUGGGUAGGUGUUGUAGGUGGGUGUUGGUUUUCGGGUUUAGGUUAGGUGGGGAGGUGGGGUUUUUUUGGUUUGGGUUAGGUUUAGGGUGUUGGUUUGGGUUUUGGUUCUGGUUAGGGGUGGUGGUUGGGUGUUGGUUUUGGGUUUAGGGUUAGGUGUGUAGUGGGUGUUGGUUUUUUGUAGGGUUAGGUGUGUAGGUGGGUGUUGGUUUUCUGGUUAGGGUUAGGUGUGUAGGUGGGUUUUGGGUUUUUUCUGGUUAGGUGUGUAGGUGGGUUUUUGGUUUUGUCGGGUUAGGGUUUGAGGUGGUUGUUUUUGGUUAGGUGGGUGGGGGGUUUUGGUUUUCUGGUUUGGUUAGGUGUGUAGGUGGGUGUUGGUUUCUGGUUAGGGUUAGGUGGUGGUUGGGUGUUUUUGGGUUUGGUAGGUGUUGGUGUUGUGGUUUCUGGUUAGGGUUGGUGUGUAGGUGGGUUUGGUUUUCUUUAGGUUAGGUGUGUUGGUGGGUGGGUUUGGGGUUUUUCUGUUGGUUAGGUUGGUGGGUUUGGGUUUUUGGUUUUGGGUUGUCUGGGUGUUGGAGGUGUUGGGUGGGUGUUGUUUGGUUAGGUUAGGGGGUGGGUGGGUGGGGGUUUUCUGGUUAGGUUGGGGGGUGGGUGGGUGUUGGUUUCUGGUUAGGGUUAGGUUGUGGUGGGUGUUUGGUUUUUGGUUAGGGUUAGGGUGUAGGUGGGUGUUGGUUUUCGGUUAGGUGUGUAGGUGGGUGUUGGUUUUCUGGUUGGGUUAGGUGUGAGGGGGUGGUGGUUUUCUGGUUGGGGUUGGUUGUAGGUGGGUGUUGGUUUUUGGUUAGGGUUAGGUGUGUAGGUGGGUGUUGGUUUUCCGGGUUUAGGUUUAGGUGGUAGGUGGGUGUUUUCUUGGUUAUUGGGUUUUUUGGUUGGUAGGUGUGUAGGUGGGUUUUGGGUUUUUCUGGUUAGGGUGGGUGGGUUUGGGUUUGGUUUUUCUGGUUAGGGUUAGGUGGGUUGGGUGGGUUGUUGGUUUUUCUGGUUAGGGUUGGUGUGUAGGUGGGUUGGUUUUCUGGUUAGGUGGUUGGGGUUUGGUAGUUUUGUUUUUUCUGGUUAGGGUUCGUGUUGUAGGUGGGUGUUGGUUUUCUGGUUAGGGUUAGGUGUGUAGGUGGGUGUUGGUUUUCUGGUUAGGGUUAGGUGUGUAGGUGGGUGUUGGUUUUCUGGUUAGGUGUGUAGGUGGGUGUUGGUUUUCUGGUUAGGGUUAGGUGUUGGUUGGGUGUUGGUUUUCUGGUUAGGUGUGUAGGUGGGGGUUGGUUUUCUGGUUAGGGUUAGGUGUGUAGGUGGGUGUUGGUUUUCUGGUUGGUAGGUGAGGUGGGUUUUGGUUUUUCGGGUUUAGGGUUAGGUGUGGGGGGUGGGUGUUGGUUUUCUGGUUGGGGGUUAGGUGUGUAGGUGGUGUUGGUUUUGGUUAGGGUUUGGUGUGUGGGUGGGUGUUGGUUUUCUGGUUAGGGUUAGGUGUGUAGGUGGGUGUUGGUUUUCUGGUUAGGGUUUGGUGUGUGGGUGGGUGUUGGUUUUCUGGUUAGGGUUAGGUGUGUAGGUGGGUGUUGGUUUUCUGGUUAGGGUUAGGUGUGUAGGUGGGUGUUGGUUUUCUGGUUAGGGUUAGGUGUGUAGGUGGGUGUUGGUUUUUUUGGUUAGGUGGUGGUAGGGGGGUGUUGGUUUUGGUUAGGUUUUGUUGUGGGUGUUGGUUUUCUGGUUAGGUUAGUGGGGUAGGUGGUGUUGGUUUCUGGUUAGGUGUGUGGGUGGUGUUGGUUUUCUGGUUGGUUUAGGUUUGUUAGUGGGUGUUGGUUUUCUGGUUUGGGUUUGUUUGGGUGUUGGGUUUUGUUUUGGUUAGGGUUGGUGGUGUGGGUGUUGGUUUUCUGGUUAGGGUUGGUGUGUGGGUGGGUGUUGGUUUUCUGGUUAGGGUUAGGUGUGUAGGUGGGUGUUGGUUUUGGUUAGGGUUAGGUGUGUAGGUGGGUGUUGGUUUUCUGGUUAGGUUUUUGUGGGUGGGUGUUGGUUUUUUGGGUUAGGUUUUGUGGGUGGGUGUUGGUUUUCUGGUUAGGUGUGUGGGUGGGUGUUGGUUUUCUGGUUGGGUUAGGUGGGGGUUUUGGGUGUUGGUUUUGUUUAGGGUUGGGUGUGUAGGUGGGUGUUGGUUUUUCUGGUAGGUGUGUAGGUGGGUGUUUUUCUGGUUGGGGUUUUAGUUGUGGGGUGGGGGGGUUUUUUUUUUCUGGUUAGGGUUAGGUGUGUAGGUGGGUGUUGGUUUUCGGGUUAGGUGUGUAGGUGGGUGUUGGUUUUCUGGUUGGGGUUUAGGGGGUGUAGGUGGUGUGGUUUUCAGGUUAGGUGUGUGUUGGUUUUCUGGUUAGGUGUGUGGGUGGGUGUUGGUUUUCUGGUUAGGUGUGUGGGUGGGUGCUGGUUUUCUGGUUAGGUGUGUGGGUGGGUGUUGGUUUUCUGGUUAGGGUUAGGUGUGUAGGUGGGUGUUGGUUUUCUGGUUAGGUGUGUAGGUGGGUGUUGGUUUUCUGGUUAGGGUUAGGUGUGUGGGUUGGUGUUGGUUUUCUGGUUAGGGUUAGGUGUGUAGGUGGGUGUUGGUUUUCUGGUUAGGUGUGUAGGUGGGUGUUUUUUUUUCCCUGGUUUAGGGUUAGGUGUGUAGGUGGGUGUUUCUGGCAACAGCUGUCUAUUUAGACAGAUCAGUUAUUUCCAGAGCUCCAGCUAACUCUAGCAUUCCACUGUUGUUUCACAACUCUACUGAGGUAGCAUCUGCUACUAAAUCAUGACAGACAAAUAACUCCAUAACACUGUAUCAUAUAUUGGACAGAUAUGUUUGUUUUAUUGCGUAUUCUUACCCCUCAGAGCCAGCCUCUCAAGUCUCUACGCAAGCUCCUUCACCUCUCCUCCUCCUCCAAUCAAACGGCUCCAUCUGAUAUGCGCUUCCAGCCCCUGCCCAACCCCACCUCAGCUAAAGCGGGGUUCAGCGAGGGUCCCGGUCGGAGCCACGCAGGCUCCAGCACCCCUCAGCUGAAGAGCAGGCAGGCCGCCUACCCCCUCCCUAGUCAGAUGGAGUCCAGCUGGCACACCUCGGCCCUGGGCAGAGCUGAGGGAAACCCUUACCCCGAGCAACAUGGAGGGAAGGAAGGCAAGGGGGGCCAGAAUGGACACGGGUUCGGACGGCCCUCACGCUCACGCAUUCCAAAUCUCAAUGACUUGAAAGAGACUGCUCUGUAG